AUGAGUUUGUUAGAUUUGUGUGGUUUAACAUCACUCUUUAGCGAAUCCGAAGCUGCUGGAAAGAGUUGUGAUAUCGAGCGUGGUGUUGCAACAGGUGGAGUGAUCUCUGAAUUGAGACCAGGACAUUUAACACGAAUGGGUGAUAGUACCAAGAAGAUAACUGGUGGUGGUGGCACUGGAACACAGGUUCAUAAGGUGAUAAUGGUUGGUACCGGUGGUGUCGGCAAAUCAGCGUUGACUUUACAAUUUAUGUAUGAUGAGUUCGUAGAAGAAUAUGAACCAACAAAAGCAGAUUCGUAUCGAAAGAAAGUUGUACUGGAUGGCGAGGAAUGCUUAAUUGACAUUCUGGACACCGCUGGUCAAGAAGAUUACUCGGCAAUCAGAGAUAAUUAUUACCGAAGUGGUGAAGGAUUUAUCUGUGUAUUUUCGAUAACUGAUACUGAAUCUUUUGAAGCAACAAACGAAUUCAGGGAGCAAAUAUUGCGCGUUAAAAAUUCUGCCAUGGAUUCGUCAACUCCAAUAAUGCUGGUUGGAAAUAAAUCGGAUUUGACGAAUGAACGUUCAGUAAUGCAAUUACAUGCACAGCAGAAGGCAGAGCAGUGGAACGUGCCAUAUAUUGAAACGUCUGCCAAAAAUAGGACUAAUGUUGAUAAGGUGUUUUAUGACUUGAUGCGUGAAAUAAAACGGAGAAAAGGCGGUACGUUGAAAGGAAAUGCUUCCGGUGGUGAUUCGAUACCUCGCGACAAAUUUCGUAAGAAAAAGCGAUGUGAUAUAUUAUAA